AUGAGUUCACCCUCAACCAUAUUUGAAAAUGAGAAUAUAUCCCAAGACAAAUCUGAAGUAGUCUCAAAAUUAAUGGAGAAUAAAAAUAUAGUUUGUUCAUGGUGCUUUGAUAUAUUGAAAAAUAAAUUAGAAAAUAAAAAAUUGAAUUAUGUCCCACCAAUUAUAAAAACUUUACAUGAAAAAGGAUUUAAAAUUGCAUUUUUUGUAAAAUGGAUGAAACUAAAUAAUGUAAAAGACCUUGGAUCUUAUGAAUAUGAUGCAUAUGAUUUAAAAGGUUGUAUAGGAUGUUUAAAUGAAAUCGAUUUGACAGAAUUACAAUACUAUACUUUAGAAAGCUCACUAAAUGAUACACGAUUUAAUCCAAUAACUUUAAGAGAUUUACCUUAUUUAAUAGUUACAAUUACUUAUAUAUUUAAUUUUGAAAAAUGUGAACAUGUUUAUGAUUGGGUUAUUGGAAAACAUGGAAUAAAAAUUAAUUUUACAAUUAAUAAUAAAAGAUAUUCAUCAACAUUUUUACCUGAUGUUGCAACAGAGCAUAAUUUCGAUCAUAAAACGACAAUUACUCAUUUAAUUAGAAAAGCAAAUUAUCGAGGCAUUAUUAAUGAUGAACUUUUGAAUAUUAUUCAAACAGAAAGAUAUCAAGGAGUCAAUUGCAGUCUAACAUAUAGCGAUUACGAAAAAAUUAAGAAAAGCUAA